AUUCUAACGCCUUCCCCUAUCGUUUUCAAUACGCGGAAAGUAGCUCCAACUGCUUUGGACGGAUACUGAGGACUAUUUAUCAGAUUCAGUUUCUUCUGAGUACAGAUAAUACGAAUACUCGUGAUUGAAUGUAGAAGAAGAAAUACAGAGAUCUAUUGUACAUACGUAGAAGGAGAUAACCCAUAAUUUCGAGACUCGAAAUCCCUUCCAAAACUCAGUGAUAGGUCACCAUGUUGAGCGAGGAAGUAUUUUCUUUGCCUUUCGGCAUAAUGCGGCUUCUUUAAGACUAGGUAAUGGACAAGAAAAGAAUAGAUGACUCUGAUUCAGUUCCGGUUCCUUCACAAAAGCUGGAUAGAUUUGGGUUUGUAAAGCAGGAACUUAACAAUUCUCCUGAAGGUGUAUCCAAGACCAGAUUGGCAAGUGAAUAUGUGAGGGAGGAAAGAAGGGUAAGGAAAUGGAGGAAGAUGAUUGGGGUGGGAGGGAGUGAUUGGAAGCAUUAUGUUAGGAGAAAACCACAUGUAGUUAAGAGGCGUAUAAGGAAAGGAAUUCCUGAUUGCUUGCGGGGUCUUGUUUGGCAGUUGAUUUCUGGAAGUCGGGACCUUUUAUUGAUGAACCCAGGGGUUUAUGAGCAACUAGUUAUAUAUGAGACAUCGGCUUCAGAACUGGAUAUAAUUAGAGAUAUUUCUCGCACCUUCCCUUCACACGUUUUUUUCCAGCAAAGGCAUGGACCUGGUCAAAGGUCCCUCUACAAUGUUUUGAAGGCAUACUCUGUCUAUGACAGAGAAGUUGGAUAUGUUCAGGGGAUGGGGUUUUUGGCUGGUAUAUUGCUUCUUUAUAUGAGCGAAGAGGAUGCAUUUUGGUUAUUGGUUGCAUUACUGAAAGGAGCUGUCCAUGCUCCAAUGGAAGGAUUAUAUCUGGUGGGCCUACCCCUCGUACAACAAUACCUGUUUCAGUUUGAUCAGUUGAUGAAGGAGCACUUGCCAAAGCUGGGAGAGCAUUUUACCCAACAAAUGAUCAAUCCUAGCAUGUACGCAAGUCAGUGGUUUAUAACUGUUUUCUCGUAUUCUUUCCCAUUCCAUUUGGCCCUUCGAAUAUGGGAUGUUUUUCUUUACGAGGGUGUUAAAAUUGUUUUUAAGGUUGGUUUGGCCCUUCUAAAAUAUUGUCUUGAUGACUUGACAAGCUUACCAUUUGAGAAACUUAUACAUGCUCUCCGUAACUUCCCUGAGGAUGCAAUGGAUCCUGACAAGUUAUUGCCAAUGGCAUACUCAAUCAAGGUAUCCAAACGUUUGGAAGAACUAAGGCAGGAGUAUGAGAGGAAGAAUGGAGAGGUCGCUCAAUCUGCAGAUUCUAGUGUGAAACAGAAGCUGCUGCGAUGAAGCAGAUGGUCGGUCAUCCAGAAGAUUGUUUAUGCUAACCAGCUCAUGAAGAUUAUACAUUGAUAUGGCGAUCUUAUCUCUCCACGACUUCAAACUGUAUAGGAAUCUGAAACUUGUAUAGCAUACUAAUUAACCUCUGCCCGAGACAAAGAAUACUUGCUUAUUGUUGGAUGCUAUCGUAGAAAACUAAAGGCAAGAAAGAUGGCAACUUGUGCUUCAUUUUAAAGAUUUGGUUGUCUCCUUGUAGAACCCACAGAA